GACCGCGGCCGGCCGGGUGGGCGGAGCCUAAAGUGUACAGUUCCGUCCUGGAUCAGCAGCCUGAUCUGUAGGUAACCCGGACCAGGCGGACAAGGGAACUAACAGACAGAAACACACCACUCAUGUCUGCAGAGAAGAUGGAGACAACAGCCAGUGUGUCCAAUGGAGCACAGCCUGUAAAUGAGGGGAAAGAAGACGCCCUCAGUCCUGAGGAUCUGUCUGAGGUGCUGGCAGCAGGGACCAAGGAGGUUCACGAGAAGGCUGAGAAUACCCAGUUUGUGAAAGAUUUCCUCAGGGGACGCAUCCGCAAAGAGCUCUUCAAGCUUGGUGCCGUGGCUCUCUACUACACGUAUACAGCCAUGGAGGAGGAGAUUGAAAGGAACAAAGACCACCCCCACUUUGCCCCUCUAUAUUUUCCUACAGAGCUGCACCGCAAAGAGGCCCUGGCUCGUGACCUUGAGUACUUUUAUGGCCCUGACUGGCAGAGCCAGGUGAGCUGCUCCCAGGCCACCCAGCACUAUGUGGACCGUAUUCAUCAAGUAGGCCAGGAGGACCCAGUGCUGCUGGUGGCCCAUGCCUACACCCGCUACAUGGGGGACCUGUCAGGGGGACAGGUGCUGAAGAAGGUGGCGCAGAGAGCCAUGAAGCUGCCGUCCACGGGGGAGGGCCUGGAAUUCUAUCAGUUUGAUGGCAUCCAUAGCGCCAAAGCAUUCAAGCAGCUGUACCGCAGUCGGAUGAACGAGCUGGAACUGGACAUGGAAAUAAAGAAGAGGCUGGUAGACGAGGCUAUCAAGGCCUUCCAGUUCAACAUGGAGGUGUUUGAGGAGUUGGAAGAGAUCGGUAAAACCAUCCAGGAUGAGGUUUUAGAUGCUGGCAUGCCGGUCCAUGGAGCAACGGGUGGAGACAUCAGCAAGUGUCCCUACUAUGCUGCCAAAAUGGCGGCGUCGGGCGGAACGGCAUACGCCUCUCAGCUCGCCAUGGCUGUACUCCGACACCCGACCGGACAGGUUCUGUUCGCCACUUGGUUUGCUGCUCUGGCCGGAUUGGCUGCGUGGUAUCUGAUGUGAUCUGUCAC